AUGGCAGGCGAAACAGGUCCUAUCACGGCCCCUUUGCCCAUGAACAUGGUUAUUGCAGGAUUCUUUGCAGUCGCCAGUUACAACAGCAUCGAGAUCCUCAUCUCGCUUCUCUAUCGGUUCAAGCGGUUCGGUAACCUGUAUUUCUGGAGCAUGUUGACAGCAACCUUGGGAAUUCUGGUUCACUCAAUAGUGGUGCUGCUUCGCUACUACAGUCUCGGUCCUAACUUGCCCCUGGCUGUCCUUACAUGUGUCGGGUGGUAUGGCAUGGUUACGGGCCAGUCCGUUGUCCUCUACUCCCGUUUGCAUCUUAUCAUAACCGACAGUGCAAAGACCCGCUGGGUGCUGGUUAUGAUCCUUAUUAACUUUUGCAUCCUUCACAUCCCCGUCACCGUCUUGUUUCUUGGCAGCAAUACACUAGAUUCCGAUCGAUACCUGGAUGCUUUCGAAAUCUAUGAACGGAUCCAGCUCGCUGGCUUCUUUAUUCAAGAAUGCAUUAUCUCCGGUCUUUAUAUCUGGGAAGCAGCUCAUGGACUUAAGCCCAUCUUCGAAAGCAGAAAGGUUAUGAAGCGGAUGGUCAUCAGACACCUGAUCAUUGUCAAUACAUUGGUUGUGAUGUUGGACAUUAGUCUACUUCUCACGCAAUAUUUGGACCAAUUCCAGAUCCAAACAACGUAUAAGCCGGUUGUUUACACCAUCAAGCUGAAGAUGGAAUUCAUUGUGCUGAACAAACUCUCGCGCCUUGCAGAAUGCAACCAAGGACGAGACGUGUACUCUGAAGGCAUUGUUCUUCAACCAUUUAGCAACUACGCAAUUCGUCAAUUCGAAUGGGAUCCUUCCUCCACUGGAUCCAAAUGA